UAACGGAUAGCAUAUACUGUGUAAUGUAUUGCACACUGAUAAGCUUGAAUAUAUUAACCCACUGCUAAAGCGCCGAACAUGUGAUAUGUCGGCAGCGGAUCUUAUCUUUCAACUUACAGUCACAGAUGAUCACGGAAAGUAUAUAUAUUAUUGCAAUCCACUACCCCAAGCAUAUAUCAGACACUGUUAAUAGCCUAGGUAAGAAUAGGACCUAACCAAUAACCGAUCACCUUGGCGCGCCUUACUAAUCGCUACUGAGUGGGCGUAAACAAAUCAAGGGCGGAAAGAAAGGACUACGCAAGGAGCGAAAUAGUACCCCAAAAAAAGAAGUAAAAAACAUCUACUAAGCUACCAUAUCGAGACAAUUGCAGCCCUUCCUAAAUCCAAAAAAACGACAAGUAGUAUCUCCGGAUAGAAGGAAGGGGAACCUCAGCGGGAGUCGAAUCGAUCCUCCCGCCUUCCUCCGCGGUCCGACUCGGAGCUAGUCUCGAUUUCCCCGCAUUUCGCAGCCUUCUCCAACUUGGGGUCAGGACUCAACAGGGCGGUUGUGCCAACUUACUCUUGUUUCCUCGAGGGGUUAUCUAUAAUUACUGGUUCUUGGUUGAAUACUUCCUGCAUAUCUUGUGACCAACCAAUCUAAAUUAGCCCGUUUAGUUCAUAGAAGAGUCGUCAUACUUAUUGCCGAGGUCAAAUCAUGUCAGGUGCCGUAUCAAGGUUGUCAGGACUCUUGGGUCAUUUUGUCCCUGGCGCAGAGCAACGGGUGAAUUUCCAUACGCUGUCGCCGACGUUCUUCUUGCCUAGGGCGGCGGCUAUUGAGCCUGAGGCCGAGGCGAUUCAUCACGUUACUGUGAAUAACCAGGUUUUGAGACGGAGUUAUGCCGAGACGGCGGAUCGUGCAAGGGGUCUUGCUUAUUAUCUGAAGAAGCAUGGGUUUAAGAGAGUCGGUGUUCUGUGCCCUAAUACGCCUGCGUUUUUGGAGUCGAUCUUUGGGAUUGCGGCUGCUGGAGCGGUGAAUGUUGCUGUAAAUUAUCGGUUGAAGGAGGACGAUAUCGCUUACAUAUUUACGCACUCUGAUGUUGAGGCUGUCAUUGUUGAUCAGGAGUUCCUGUCGCUUCUGCAGAGUUAUCGUGCUUCAAAGCCCAGUAUCCCUAUCAUUGUCGAUACGGACACGGAUGCUACCGAGGGUCAAUUAUCCGGUCCCUUUGAUGAGGCGGUUUUGGAAGGCCUGAGUUAUGACUCGGAUACCGGGGCCAAAGGUUGGCCUGGGCUCGAGGCCCAGGCUGCUUCCGAAGACGACGUUAUCGCCCUUGCUUAUACCAGCGGCACGACAGCUCGGCCGAAGGGUGUCGAGUAUACCCAUCGUAGCUGUUAUCUUGCUGCGAUAGGCAAUGUGAUUGAGUCUGGGCUCAAUUCGCACCGUGGUCGGUGUCGGUAUCUGUGGACUUUGCUUUGUUUAGGGUGGACGUUCCCAUGGGCUGUCACCGCAGUGCGUGGUACCCAUUACUGCUUGCGGAAGAUCGACUACCCGCAGAUCUGGAAUUUACUGAAGCAGGAGCACAUCACGCACUUUAAUGCCGCUCCAACGGUGAAUACCCUGCUCUGCAAUUCUAAGGAGGCAGAGCGACUGCCUGAGCCUGUUCAUGUGACAGUCGCAGCGAGUCCGCCUACGCCUCAUCUCUUUGAGCAAAUGACUAACUUGAACCUACACCCUGUGCAUGUAUAUGGCAUGACGGAGACAUAUGGGCCAAUCACAAAAGGCUACUACCUGCCUGCAUGGGACAACCUGCCGUCAAGUGAAAGGUACAAGAAGAUGGCUAGGCAAGGACAUGGCUUCGUGACCAGUCUACCCGUACGAGUAGUGAAGACGGAUCUUCCCGAGGGAACUAUCGUCGAUGUUAGUCGGGAUGGUAAGGAGAUAGGCGAGAUUGUUUUCGUCGGCAACAUCUGUGCUCGGGGCUACUACAAAGACCCCGACGCUACGCGGAAACUCUUCGCGGGUGGCGUUCUCCACUCCGGAGACUUGGCUGUGUGGCAUGCCGAUGGCUCAAUCCAGAUCCAAGACCGGGCGAAAGACAUCAUUAUCAGUGGCGGAGAGAAUAUCUCAUCAGUGGCGCUGGAGUCUAUGUUGGUUACCCACCCAGACAUUCUCGAGGCGGGAGUUGUAGCCGUUCCCGACAGCCACUGGGGAGAACGACCAAAGGCAUAUGUGACGGUUAAGUCAGGGAAAUCAUUGACUGGUUCAGAGGUGAUCGAUUGGGCCCGAAAUGCCAGCGAUAUCAGCAAGUUCAUGAUUCCCCGGGAGGUUGAAGUCGUGGCGGAACUGCCCAAGACUAGUACCGGGAAAGUGAGAAAGAAUAUCCUCCGUGACUGGGCUAAAGGCGCCAACCGAUCAUGAAUGCAUUGUUUGAAAUGGAAAUAAAUAUGCAUAGACAAUCUAGACAAUAUACAUCAAAUUUUCUGAGAUUGGGUUGCACCAGCAUAGGCUGACAUUAUAAUUUAUCUCUGUUGGUUCCCAAUCAACAUACUUUAAUGUCUUGCCGAUAGUUUUACCGCCAUGCCAAUAGGUCCCAUUUUCGGAAGGGGGGCACUAGACCCGACCUUGCCUGAUCAGAUCCUCAUUUGGGUUGAAAAAGGGAUGAUAUAUAUUCAAUACUAGCAGUAGUUCAAUACGAUAGUAUUCUAUAUUUGGUAGAUAGUUGUUGAACAAGUGGACAGAUCCGGGUGUCUGGUGACACGCUAUAGAGGGGGUAGCAAUGCGAG